GAUCCCCGCGUCAAAGAUUGGCCGAUGAUGUCUUCGCCCUGGCCGACACUAGCUGCUUGUGUCUGUUAUGCUAUAUGUGCGAGGAAAAUAGGACCGGCGCUUAUGGCUAACAGGAAACCUUUCGAAUUGAGAAAUGUACUCAUCGUGUAUAACCUGGCGCAAACUAUAUUCAGUGCUUGGAUAUUCUAUGAGUACCUGGCGAGCGGAUGGUGGGGCCACUACGACUUCAGAUGUCAAUUAGUCGAUUAUUCUCGAAGCCCCAAAGCCAUGAGAAUGGCGAACACUUGCUGGUGGUACUACUUCAGCAAGUUCACGGAAUUCUUCGACACACUGUUCUUUGUGCUGCGCAAGAAGAACGAGCACGUGUCGACGCUGCACGUGAUCCACCACGGGAUCAUGCCCAUGUCUGUGUGGUUCGGUCUCAAGUUUGCGCCUGGUGGUCACAGCACAUUCUUCGCUCUGUUGAACACUUUCGUACAUAUCGUCAUGUAUUUCUACUACAUGGUGUCAGCGAUGGGCCCCAAGUACCAGAAGUAUAUCUGGUGGAAGAAAUACCUUACUGCCUUCCAGAUGGUGCAAUUCGUACUGAUAUUCAGUCACCAGCUACAAGUUUUGUUCCGGCCUUCGUGUCAGUACCCGCGCGUGUUCGUUUACUGGAUCGCGAUGCACGGCUUCUUGUUCCUGUUUCUCUUCAGUGACUUCUACAAGGCGCGCUACAAUAAAGCUGAUAGAAAACCUAGGAGCAAUAACAACGGCCUUUGUAUGACGGUGUUCGACGAGAGUUCGCUUAGCAAGAACGGUUACAAGCAAGAAGACUCCACCGUCCCCAGCUCGUACGCGUCGUCCGCCGAAAACGCGUUCGUUCGCCGGCGGCCGGUCUCCUAGUCCACUUAGAGUACUUCGGUGUCAGUCAGGGUCUUGUUAUACGCCGGUCAAACUUCGCCGGUCACCGCUCGGUCUCGGUUUAUUCGUUAAUAUUUUUCCUAAAUUAAAGAAAGAUCUCGAUUCGACGGAAUUUUAUAUAUGUUGCUUCUCACAUUAUUAACUACAUAUUGGACAUUUAUCUUUUUUUCGUUGUUUUUUUUUUACGCGUUGUAAAUCACUACGAUGACGAUCGUAAUCCGGUUCAUCUUGAUGUAAUCGACUGGAUAACUUGAUCUAUUUGUCUUUUAAACCUCCGUUGACUGAUCGUUAAUGAAAUGCGAUUAGACCAGAAUAUAAAUUUUUGU